AUGGCGCGAAUUCUCAUAACAGGCUCUUCUGACGGUCUCGGUUUGGCCGCUGCUAAAAAGCUUGUUGCAGAUGGACAUUCCGUUGUCCUCCAUGCGCGCAACGCUCAACGCGCUAAAGACGCCGAAUCCGCAUGCCCUGGCGCUGAGAAGGUUGUAACGGGCGACUUGUCGAGCCUCUCCGAGACCAAGAGCAUGGCAGAGGAAGUGAACAAGCUCGGCGCAUUCGACUGUGUGAUUCACAACGCUGGGUUGUAUCAGGGCGAUUACCGCAAGACGAGCGAGGGCAUUCCUGCACUUGCAGCUGUCAACACGAUUGCGCCGUAUGUGCUCACCGCGUUGAUCAAUCGCCCAAAGCGCUUGGUAUUCAUGUCUUCCGAGAUGCAUCAGAUGGGCUCUCCUAGUUUGGACGACAUCCUUUGGACGAAGCGCGGCGAGAGCGAGUAUACCGCAAACGCGGCCUACUGCGCGAGCAAGCUACACAACGUCCUUUUCGCCAAAGCUUUCGCGCGCAGGUGGCCCGACGUUAAGAGCAACGCACUAGACCCAGGCUGGGUGGCUACCAAGAUGGGCGGCAGUUCAGCAUCUGGCGACCUUAACGCGGCUGUUGAGAGCUAUGUUAUGCUUGCUGAAGGAAAGGAAGAGAAGGCUAAGAAGAGUGGAAGCUAUUUCCAUCCGAGCAAGCGAGAGGGAACCCCCCACAAGGCGACAUUAGACGAGAAGAGCCAGGACAUGCUACUCGAGAUCUGCGCUGAAUUCUCUGGGGUCAAACUUCCUUGA